GGAGGCGGGGACAAGACAGAGGGGCAGCGGACGCCAUCCGGACCAGAAAAAGCCAGGAGAGACCAGAAGAUUCGUAAGACAGAAGCUCCAGGAGGAGGAGGAACCGCCCAACAUGGCAUCAGAGAGCGGGAAGCUAUGGGGUGGCCGGUUUGUGGGUGCUGUCGACCCCAUCAUGGAGAAGUUCAACUCAUCUAUCUCCUAUGACCGGCAUCUGUGGAAUGUGGAUGUGCAGGGGAGCAAGGCCUACAGCAGGGGCCUGGAGAAGGCGGGGCUUCUCACCAAAGCCGAGAUGCAGCAGAUACUGCAAGGGUUGGACAAGGUUGCUGAAGAGUGGGCCCAAGGCACCUUCAAAUUACAUCCUAAUGAUGAAGACAUCCACACAGCCAACGAGCGGCGCCUGAAGGAACUCAUCGGUGAAGCUGCAGGGAAGCUACACACAGGACGAAGUCGCAACGACCAGGUGGUCACGGACCUCAGGCUGUGGAUGAGGCAGACCUGCUCAAAACUCUCCGCCCUCCUCCGGGUGCUCAUUGGAACCAUGGUCGACCGGGCAGAGGCACAGCCCAAGCCGGCUCCAAAUCCACUGUGUAACUGAAGCCGCCCUUGAACUCCUGGUUCUCCUGCUUCUCCUCCCAAUCGCUAGGAUUACAGGUGUCCGCCACCUCACCCAGAGCGUGGGCUUUGUGUUUGAGACAGAGUCUCAUCCACAACACAAAGAACUCACCAUAUAUGGCCAAAGCUGGUCUCAAUCUUACUGCAGUCCUCCUGCCUCAACCUCCCGAGCACUGGGACCGCAGACUCGCACCAUCAUGCCCUUCCUGGUUUAGUCUUUGAGCUCACUGACUCACUUCCGGUUUUAUCGGUGGCGAGCAUCUGCUCCCUUUUUAUGGGCGGAGCGCCACAGGUCUAUUCUUACCUUGCCUGAAAAGAGUGUUCCGGGUGUCCUAAGCAAGCCUUACCUGUCCCUGCCAGACCCCAGUCCCUCAGGUCUCCUGCUUCUCCACCUGCUACAGGGAACGUGAUGUCCUCUUCCCAGGGUACACACACUUGCAGAGAGCUCAGCCCAUUCGCUGGAGCCACUGGAUCCUGAGCCACGCUGUUGCGCUGACACGAGAUUCAGAGAGACUCUUGGAGGUGCAGAAGCGGAUCAAUGUCUUGCCACUGGGGAGUGGGGCCAUUGCAGGCAACCCUCUGGGUGUGGACCGGGAGCUACUCCGUGCAGAACUGAACUUUGGGGCCAUCACUCUCAACAGCAUGGAUGCCACCAGUGAGAGAGACUUUGUGGCUGAGUUCCUGUUUUGGGCUUCUCUGUGUAUGACCCACCUCAGCAGGAUGGCAGAGGACCUAAUUCUCUAUGGUACCAAGGAAUUCAGCUUUGUGCAACUCUCAGAUGCCUACAGCACCGGAAGCAGCUUGAUGCCCCAGAAGAAAAACCCAGACAGCCUGGAGCUGAUCCGGAGCAAGGCGGGCCGAGUGUUUGGACGGUGUGCCGGACUCCUGAUGACCCUCAAGGGACUUCCAAGCACCUACAACAAGGACUUACAGGAAGACAAGGAGGCUGUGUUUGAAGUGUCUGACACCAUGAUAGCUGUCCUCCAAGUGGCCACUGGAGUCAUCUCUACAUUGCAGAUUCAUCGUGAGAACAUGAAACAGGCGCUCAGCCCUGACAUGCUGGCCACGGACCUCGCCUACUACCUGGUCCGCAAAGGGAUGCCAUUCCGCCAGGCCCACGAGGCCUCAGGGAAAGCUGUGUUCAUGGCAGAGACUAAAGGAGUGGCUCUCAACCUGCUGUCGCUACAGGAGCUGCAGACCAUCAGUCCCCUGUUCUCAGGUGAUGUGAGUCACGUGUGGGACUACAGUCACAGCGUGGAACAGUACAGUGCCUUGGGUGGCACAGCGAAAUCCAGUGUCGAAUGGCAGAUCAGGCAGGUGCGGGCCCUACUGCAAGCCCAGGAGCCCUAGAUCCCGCCCACCCAAAGCUGCUCCCCAAUAAAGUGGAGCCCUGAAGAAACCGAGACAA